GUGAAACCUGAGUGUUCAGAUUUAUAUUUCUAGAACUAUAUUUUUUUAAAACUACAAUCACAUCAAGAGCGUGUUUCUCAGAUAAGGCCAAAUUGGAAUAUAAAGUAAUCUGACUUACGAGUUAAGUGCACUUCGAGCGGUGAUCAUGAUCCCCAUACUGAUACUUGCUGCUACCGUAGUCGGCCAACUAUUGGCUGCACCAGUCAAUGGAAACAAAGACCAAGAGAAUGUUUCUUUCUUAGACCCCCUGCUUUGGGAACUCAUUAAUAAUAAUAAGGGCAUCACAGUGCCUGCACCAAGUCGAAGAGAGCUGCCUCUUAGGAUCAAGGUGCCAAUACUUCCCAAAAGAGCCAUCAGCUUGGGAGACUUUAUUCUCCAGAACCCACCAAAAUAUGUAUUUGACCCAGAUAAGAAGAGAGAGAAAGAUCAAGAGAAUGUUUUUCUGGAUCCAAUCAUUUGGCAACUCAUUAAUAACAACCAGCUGCCUACAUUGAGUGGAAGAGAGACGGAUCUGCCAUAUUGGAUCAAGUACCUAACACUCGCUAAAAAAGCCAUCAGCUUGGGAGACUUUAUUCUCCAGAACCCACCAAAAUAUGUAUUUGACCCAGACAAGAAGAGAGAGAAAGAUCAAGAGAAUGUUUUUCUGGAUCCAAUCAUUUGGCAACUCAUUAAUAACAACCAGCUGCCAACAUUGAGUGGAAGAGAGCUGCCAACAUUGAGUGGAAGAGAGCUGCCUCUUUGGAUCAAGGUGCCAAUACUUCCCAAAAGAGCCAUCAGCUUGGGAGACUUUAUUCUCCAGAACCCACCAAAAUAUGUAUUUGACCCUGACAAGAAGAGAGAGGUUGACGAAGUGACCAAUGAAGUCAGGCAAUUGGGCCCAUGCCCUUAUGAGAUCAUGUUCGCAGCAGAAGGCGCCAAGCUGAAAGCUCUGGGAUAUAAUAUCACAUGUGGAUAUCAAGAAGGAUUUCUGGAAGGCUAUUACUGCCACUGUCAUGAUGAAGUGACUCACAUAGUUUAGGAUUCACCUCUGUGUGACUCACAUAGUUUAGGAGUCACCUCUGUGUUUGUAAUAUUAAGCUGAAAUGUGGGUGAAUAAACGUUUGACGGUCA